AUGGUCGGGGAGGAUUCGGAGCUGAGGUCUCUCAAAGAGGAGCUGGAGAGAACGCGGGAGCAGCUCGUUGUGGAGAGGCAGAGGGUAGAGAAGUAUGAGAGGAGGGAGCUGGACGUGCUCCAAGGCCACAGGAGGGAAGUGGAGACGUUGCAUCGGCGAAUCAAGGAUCUAGAAGAAGACAAGAGGGAGCUGAAGAACCAGAUCCUCCAGGACGCCAACCGUAUCCAUGAUCUCAGCUCGGCUCUAGAGCGGACCAAGGAAACACUGUCGGGACGCGAGAUGCUGCUGAUACUCCAAGAGGGCGAGAUUCAUCGUCUCAAGUUGUCGUUUGAAGAAACUGCCGCCAAGAGGGAUGCUGAUCAAAGUGAAAUCACUCGUCUCCGAGAAGAAAUCGCCAGGCUGCACGAGCGAGAGAACGAGGGUCUGAAAAAAAGCAUGGAGAUUUCAGAGCAGUUAAGGUCCGCAAGUCACAAGGAGAACCAGUUCUAUUCGACAGCACCGGGAGUAGCCGAAGAUCUACAGAAGUGGCAGGACGAAUAUUUCUCUAUCAUGACAAACCCGAAGCCGCUCAAGGAGUUGGCAGACGUCGUCGGUGUUGAUACAGGCGUCGGAGAAUACAGCAGUAAGGAUGAAGAUUGA